UUUAAUUGGUGUCUGAUUACAGCAAUAAACCCUUAAUUCACUUAAAGCUGCAUAAUCUCGAGUGAUAGUAAGUGUGAUGAUCAUCUGCUAAAUGAGCAACAAUGACCACAAUUCACUCCUUCAGUCAGUGAAGCUCCCACAGCCGUUCAUGAGAGUUUAAAUGCUGGAGAAUAUUCCCAUCUUCCCACAGGAGAAGAAGAAGCAAGCAGGAGGAAUUACUCCAGGAGAAACUACGGACAUACUAUUGGAAAGAUGGAGAUUAAGGAAGAACCCUGCAGAAUAAAAGAUGAAGAUACAGAGGAACAAAUAGACCUGAUGGAAGUGAAUGAAGACAAACAGCAUCAGUUUCAAAAACCGCAUUAUUUCACAAAUGAAGAUGGAAAUGCAGUCGUUUCAAAGACUGAAAAAAGUUUCAAACAAGCUGAAAAAUCUGGAGUCGAAGGAUCUUUAACCUGUUCUGAGUGUGGAAAGAGUUUUGUAUCUAAAUCAAAGCUGAACUCACACAUGAUGAUUCACACUGGAGAAAAGCCUUAUACAUGCACUCAGUGUGGAAAGAGUUUCACUCAGAAAGGUAAUCUCAAAGAUCAUCUGCGCCGUCACUCUGGAUUGAGAUCAUUCAGCUGUGAUCAGUGUGAUAAAACAUUUGUUGUGGAAUCAAGCUUAAAAAAACAUUUUAAUGUUCAUUCUGCUGUGAAGCCUCACUUUUGCUCUGUUUGUGGAAAGAGUUUUUCACGAGUGCAACAGUUAAAAGAACAUGAGAGUAUUCAUACUGGUGUGAGACCUUAUGUGUGCUUUGACUGUGGAAAGAGCUGUAUUACAUCCAGCCACUUAAAAAGACACCAGAGAGUUCAUACUGGAGAGAAACCGUACAAGUGUUCACACUGUGGAAAGAGUUUCUCUCAUUUCGGAAACCUGAAAAAGCAUGAGAGAGUUCAUACUGGAGAGAAGCCGCACAAGUGUUCACACUGUGGAAAGAGUUUCUCUCAGUCAGGACACCUGAAAGAUCAUGAGAGAGUUCAUACUGGAGAGAAACCGCACCAGUGCUCUUCAUGUGGGAAGAGUUUCAGCCUAUUGUCUAAUCUACAACGACAUAAGAAAAAGCAUUGUCUGAAUGUGUCUAAGUGAGCAAUGUUCAGAUCCAUGACUUGAUUUGAUAUUCAGAUUAAGCAAAAAAUGGAAUUACCUUAAAUAUAGUAAUUUAAUCUAAAAUUAGGAGGAAGGUUAAAA